GAUCUGAACCGCCCGGGCCGAGGAUCGAGGCGGCAUUUCUCACUUUUAUAAAUACCAAACAGACGCGGCCCUUCAUUUGCUUGCUUGUCUGACUAUCUCACCCAGUUUUCGAGCUUCACACCAGACACAAAGACGCAGAAGCACCAAAAAUGGAGAAAGCGAUCAACAGGCAGCGUGUUCUGCUCGACCACCUCCGCCCUCCCUCCGCCGACUCUUCUUCUUCUCUCUCCGCAUCGGCAUGUGCGGCUGGGGACAGCGCUGCAUAUGCGAGGACAAACGUGUUCGGAGAUGAUGUGGUGAUUGUUGCAGCUUAUCGGACUCCGAUUUGCAAGGCGAAACGCGGCGGCUUCAAGGAUACUCAUGCUGAUGAUCUUCUUGCACCUGUUUUGAAGGCAGUUGUAGAAAAGACCAAUGUGAACCCAAGUGAAAUUGGAGAUAUUGUUGUGGGUACAGUGUUGGCUCCAGGAUCUCAAAGAGCUAGUGAGUGCAGGAUGGCUGCCUUUUAUGCUGGCUUCCCAGAGACUGUGCCAAUUAGAACCGUGAACAGACAAUGUUCAUCUGGGCUUCAGGCCGUUGCUGAUGUAGCUGCGUCUAUAAGGGCCGGAUUUUACGAUAUUGGAAUUGGGGCUGGGUUGGAAUCUAUGACUGCAAAUCCAAUGGCAUGGGAAGGAUCAGUUAACCCUAAAGUGAAGAUAUUUGAACAAGCCCAGAAUUGCCUUCUUCCUAUGGGAAUCACCUCAGAAAAUGUUGCUCAUCGAUUUGGAGUUUCACGCAAGGAGCAAGAUCAGGCUGCAGUUGAUUCUCAUAGGAAGGCAGCUGCUGCUACUGCUACCGGUAAAUUUAAAGACGAAAUUAUUCCCGUGGCAACCAAGAUUGUUGACCCAAAAUCUGGUGAGGAGAAACCUGUUACAAUUUCUGUUGAUGAUGGGAUUCGGAACACAACAUUGGCAGACCUGGCGAAGUUGAAGCCUGUCUUUAAGAAAGAUGGGAGCACCACUGCUGGUAACUCUAGUCAAGUUAGUGAUGGUGCUGGAGCUGUUCUCUUGAUGAAGAGAAGCGUUGCUGAGCAAAAAGGAUUGCCAAUUCUGGGUGUAUUCAGGAGUUUUUCUGCUGUUGGUGUGGAUCCAGCCAUCAUGGGUGUUGGCCCAGCUGUUGCAAUUCCAGCUGCAGUCAAGGCUGCUGGUUUAGAGCUUGAUGAUAUUGAUCUUUUUGAGAUAAAUGAGGCCUUUGCAUCCCAAUAUCUCUAUUGCCGUAACAAGUUGGGCCUUGAUCCAGAGAAGAUCAAUGUUAAUGGAGGUGCACUUGCCAUUGGGCAUCCACUUGGUGCAACAGGUGCUCGCACUGUUGCCACUUUAUUGCAUGAGAUGAAGCGACGUGGAAAGGAUUGCCGCUUUGGAGUGAUAUCAAUGUGCAUAGGCACAGGGAUGGGGGCAGCAGCUGUUUUCGAAAGGGGGGACUCUGUCGACGGACUGUGUAAUGCGCGCAAAGUUGAAACCCACAUUCAUCUUUUGUCAAAGGAUGCUAGGUAGAAGGAAUUAUCUAUCGAACAUCGUCGCGCUCCUAUCAAUAAUGUAGGGUUGAGAACGAAAAUUAUAAUGAAGCGUUGCAAUAAGGUUGCUGCAUUUUUAUAUUGGCUUAUCUAGUCUCAUAGGUCAUGAGAUGCGAACUCUAUCGGGAUCUCCUUCCCCUUGGGCUCGAUCUGUGCUGUUGUUUAUCUUAUGUUCAGAGUUUGUCUCUGCAAUUCCUCUUAAUAAUGUUUGAUAUAGUGAGAUAUCAUAGUGAAGCAAAAUAUUCUUAUGUAUUUAAAAUGUGAUGGUGAACUCAUUCAUCCUUUUUAUGUUAUUAUAUAAUGUCUCAAGUUUGACUUA